UUUGUUUACAAGUCUCUACCCCCUUCUUCUUCUCUCUAUCUAAAUGCUAAGUCAUGCUUGACACUUCUCUAAAUAUCCUUCUCCUCUUCCUUGUCGCCGCCGGCGCCGUUGACGCCGCUUCUGCGGAAGCUACGUCGCCAUCCCCUCCAUCAAACGGCACCACAGUAUACGAACUUCUCCCCAAAUUCGGUCUCCCUUCCGGCCUCCUCCCCAAUACCGUCACCUCCUUCUCCCUCGCCAGUAACGGCGAAUUUGAAGUAAACCUUGCUGGAGAGUGCUACGUUAACUUCGAAUACCUGGUUUAUUACUCGCCCAAGAUAACCGGUGUCAUACGCUAUGGCGAGAUCGACGAUCUCAAGGGCAUCCAAGUCCACCGUUUCUUCAUAUGGUUUGACGUCGACUCCAUCAAGGUUGAUCUUCCGCCCUCCAAUUAUAUCUACUUCGAUGUUUGGUUGAUUACGAAGAAGCUUAGCGUCGGACAGUUUAAGAACAUUCAUUCAUGUCAGAAGGGGUUGUCGGAGGACUUGGUGGAACAUGGCGUGGGGUUGUAUCGUCUCUCAGAAGAUGCUGGCAUAAUAAUAUCAGAAUAAACAGAACGCAUUGAAAAACAGCUAUUUUGCUCUUUCAGGCCUUUUAUGAAAUAUCUGUAAUGUAAUUUGCAAAUUGCAUCCACUGCAACUAUAUGGUAAUAUGGAGAAGGAACUUCUGCUAAGCUUUUUAGAUAAUCACUACUGUUUACACCUUGAUUAGUUUGUUGAAUCCUUUUUUUUUUUUCACUAGACAAUUUGAGUACUUUUAUUAUGCUGUAUAUAUGGUGGUUUCUUCUACUGUUAUUGGUGAUUUGUGCUUCAUGUGAUUAUGAUA